AGGCCGAACGCAUGCGGUCCCGCUGCACUCGCCCGUGCAGCCCAGGAGCGAGGGGUCAUCUCCCCCGGCCUCACUUCUCUCCCCCUCGCUGCUUCGCUAGGGUUUGGGGCCUCCUGCGUGCGCUCGGGUUGUCCUCGCUGCGCUCGCCGCGCUCGCCGCGCCGUCCUCCGCCGGUCGCUCUCCUCCACCCGUCGCGCUCUCCUUGCCUCGUCGCCCUCCUCUGCCACUCGCCAUCCUCCGCCCUGCCCUCCUCCGGCUAUCGUCCUCCUCCGCCCUGACCUCCUCCGUCACCCUCCUCCACCGCUUGGCAUCCUCCGCCGCCCCCUUCUCCUGCAGUCGCCCUCCUCCGCCCGUCGACCUCCGUCUGUCCCGCUGGUCGCCCUCCGUCUGUUGAAAUCCUUUGCAGCCAAGUAUUGAUUGGAAGUGAUAGCUGCUUAUUCUUGAGUCUUGACUUGCUUUUGCUGUGACAAUGUCGGGUCUGCUCAAUUCAAACCUGAACAAUUCUGCAUCAAAUCUUCAAGACUCAACAGGAAGACCGUUUGCAGCAUCCUUUUCUAGUCAAUCUGGAUCAGUUCCUGGUUUCCAUCACUCUGCUAUGCACAACAUCCAUUCAAAUUUUUUGCCUGGAUCGCUUGCUCAGAGGAAUGCUGCCAUGAGUGGACUUCCUUCCUCUGGGGUUCAACAGCCUGGAGGGAGAUUUUCUUCAAGCAACCUUCCAGUUGCCAUGUCUCAGAUUCCUCAUGGGCAUUCAGGAGUCAGUGGUAGAGGAAUGAAUGUUGGCGGAGGUCCAGCAUUUAGUAGUAGCCUGAAUAUUGGUGGCAUUCAAGGCUUAUCCUCAAGCUUGGGUGCUGGAGGUAGUCGGAAUUCUGUUCCUGGGAUGUCAGUAUCUCCUGCUUUGGGAAAUUUGGGUCCUAGGAUCACUGGCUCUGUAGGAAAUAUUGUGGGUGGAAGUAACAUUGGAAGGAAUAUAAGCUCUGGUGGAUUAUCUGUGCCAAGCAUCGCAACACGCAUGAAUUUGAGUGGUGGGAGUGGCAAUCUAAAUGUCCAAGGAUCCAACAGGAUGAUGAAUGGAAUUCUUCAGCAAGGAUCUCAAAUGAUGAAUAUGAUGGGGAGUUCAUAUCCCACAUCUGGAGGUUCAUUAUCUCAGAAUCAAAUACAAGGAGGAAAUAAUUCCCUUGGUUCUAUGGGAAUGAUGCAUGAUGCUAGUGACGGUCCUGUUUAUGACAUGAAUGAGUUUCCCCUAUUGACCGGUCGCCCUAGUUCUGCUGGUGGUCCACAAGGACAAUAUGCAGGUUCACUGCGGAAGCAAGGAGUUGGUGUUAACACCAUUGUGCAACAAAACCAGGAAUUCAGCAUUCAAAAUGAAGACUUCCCGGCUUUACCUGGAUACAAAGGUAGCACUUCAGAUUAUGCCAUGGACUUGCAUCACAAGGAACAACUUCAUGACAAUGUACCUGUUUUGCAAGCGCAGCAAUAUCCGUUGUCAAGAUCAGUUGGCUUUAAUUUAGGAAGUAACUACCCGCCCAAUCGCCAGCAACACCAGCAAGGUGCUAAUCCAGUUCAGAAUGCUGGUCCUCAAAAUAUAGGACUAAGACCGCUAAAUUCUCCAAAUCAAACUUCUAGUUUGGGAUCAUAUGAUCAACUUAUCCAGCAAUACCAGCAGCCUCAGACCCAAAAUCCUUUCAGAUUGCAGCAGCAGAUGUCUUCAGCCACACAAUCAUAUAGGGAUCAAAGUCUAAAUCCCAUCCAGGGGGGACAAACACAACCUGAUCCAUAUGGCUUGAUGGGAUUGCUGGGAGUUAUCAGGAUGAGUGAUGCUGACUUAUCAUCUCUUGCUUUAGGAAUCGAUUUGACAACAUUGGGUUUAAACUUGAACUCAACAGACAAUCUGUACAAGACAUUUGGUUCUCCAUGGUCAAAUGAGCCAGCAAAAGGAGAACCUGAGUUUCAUAUUCCAGCUUGCUACUCUGCUGAGCAACCUCCACCACUACAACCUAUACAUUUCCAGAAGUUCCAGACGUUCACGCUGUUUUACAUCUUCUACAGCAUGCCAAGGGAUGAAGCUCAGCUAUGGGCUGCUAAUGAGCUGUACACUCGAGGAUGGUUCUACCAUAAAGAAGUGUGUGUGUGGCUCACCAAAAUUCCAAAUGUUGAACCUCUGGUCAAAACUCCUCACUAUGAACGAGGGUCUUAUGGUUGCUUUGAUCCAAACAAAUGGGAGACAGUUCGCAAGGACAACUUUGUUCUCUAUUAUGACAAGAUAGAGAAGAAGCCUGCUGUCCCGUCAUCCCAAAAUGUUGGGUGAAACGUUUCUGAUACCUCCUGACUCAAGUUUUAACCUCUUUUCAACCGGUGGAAGAAACUUUUGUUUAUGCUAAGAGCACAGUUCCAUUGACUAACUAUUCAAGGACAGUGGACUAAACCAUGCCGACCUGCAAGGGGGAGAUGCAGAACAAAAGCAGGAAUGCCUGCUUAACCCUUGUAACUAGACUAAAAGUGGUGAAGGUUUUUUAAUCGUUCGGAGCUUGCACUUUCAUCUAAAUUUCCUUGGAUCCAACUUCUAGGAGUAGUCUUACAUGCUUCUUUACCGUGAAGCCUUCGAUGUGGAAACUUAGUUGGCAAGUGCACAUAUCGACGUUGGUGUUUCCCCUUUUUACCUUUUUUAAAAGUACAAUGUAGAUAAUGCUAGGCGGUAGUUUGAUUCGUUGAACAAUCAAAAUUUUAGUAGUGCUAAAAAACUUGGCAAAUUUUAGUACUACUAUUUUUUUUAUAAUAUAGGGUAAGGAGCUAGGAAUGGCUUGACUAGUAAUAUUUCUUCCCAGAUUAUAUAAUUUUCUAGCAUACAAAGUUUAUCCAAAGAAAUUGUAACUUAUUCACUUACUUAUCUUAAGUUAUCCAAUC